AUGGACGACGACAACGUUCACACGCCGGAGGGUUCGACGGAAGAAUCUGAUUCGGAGGUUGAAGACGACGGUGAUAUUGUGAAUUACAGUGCACAUUUUGUUACAGACACGGUUUUUCUAACGUUUGACGAUGCAGUUACAUGGGCGGAUGCUGUUGCAAUAAAUCUGGGAUUUAUUUUGGUGAAAUCGUCUUUCAACAAACAGAGGGAUGGUCGAUCAGUUCGAUAUUUAAGAUGUGAUCGGGGACGCAGGAGUAAGCCGAGAGAUCUUGAGAACGCAAUUCGGAAGGACACCAAAACCAAGGGCAUUGGUUGUCCUUUCUACAUCAAGAUAUGUUACGAGUUCGUCACCAAUACUUGGUUUAUCCGGGCGAAAGAUGAUGUAACUGGGACCCACAACCAUCCAAUGAUUGCGUAUCCAGAGGGUCAUUGUAAAAUUAGUGGGUUGAGCCCGAAUGUGAAGCAGGUUGUGCGUGACAUGACGAAGUCUAAGGUUGCACCGCGUAACAUCAUGGCGACUAUUGCGGAGCAAUAUCCUGAUGAUCAUCCAAACAUCAGACACAUCUACAACUGCCGGAAUGACUUCAGAGAGGAGAUGUCUGAUGGGAGAGGAGUUGUUCAGCAAUUUCUACAUUUGGCGAGACAGAGUCAGUAUGUUUACUGGGUCAUGUCCGAUGAUGAAGGCGUUUUACAGCACGCCUUUAUGGCGCACCCAGUCAUGGUAGACAUCCUACGGACGUACCCCUAUGUGAUCGGUAUGGAUUCCACUUACAAGACUAACCGAUACGGGAUGCCGUUCUUUGAGAUAGUUAGCGUGACACCAACAAAUUAG